AUGGCUGGCCACAGCAAUCUCGUCCAGGCCAUGGCCCUCCUGGUCCUGAGCCUUUCGAUGCUCGUCACCCCAGUCUCUGCCUCGUGGAGCAACCCGAUGGAACACUUCUACUCCACCUACAACCGCGGUCUGCAAGAAAUCAUCCAUAACAACUGCUCCGAGACGUACGCCUUAUAUCUUCAGGAUCGUCACAAUGAGUCCAACGUCAGCCCGGGCCUCCGUAUAUUCAAGAACGACGUAACCAUGACCAGGGAGAUGGUUGAGUGCAUCUUCGAUCAUACCCCCGAGUUCAUCAAGUCCAAGAUGUCUGCCGCUGCCAUCGUCCUCGGCCUUGCACCCACAAUCAUCGCGACUCUCGGCGUCAGGCCGCAGGAGACUGCCAUGGUGUCGGUUGUUGGUCGUCGCCAUUUGCUUGCCUUUGCCCUCGCCGUCGGCUCGCCUGCCCUCAACGCAUACCGAUCGUCCGAGUAUAAUUCCAUCAUCGAGAGUCUCAGGGAAAGAUCACGCCAGCGGCCAGACGCCAUGCGACGACUUGACCCGUUCAUCACGGCCAUAUCAUACUGCCUCGCUGGUGCUUCCAUCGCAAACAUCACAGAACUGACUUAUCGACUUGGAGCCGGAACCAUCUUCAUAGUACUCCCCGAUUCCGAAUACCUGGCCCUUCUCUGGGCCUUUCUCGGCGUCUUCAUCCACUUCAUGGCUGGCAUAGCGUUGCGAAUGCGACUGUCUUCCGAGGUUAAGUCGGUCGAUGAGGAGAUGACACGGGGCUCCUGGCCAGUGAGUGUGGCCAAGGGUCAGGUCGACCUCAUGGCCCGACGUUCCAGGAUCAUCUUCACCGUUCACCCCGAGUCGCUGAGCUUCUUCUCCAUGUCCCUCGUCACCACCAUAGCCACAGCCUGCCACAUCAUAUUUGGCACUAUGGUCUUCUCCAGUAUCCAGUUCGUGUCAAUCAACGACAGCUUGUCCAUUGUUGCACGCCUAAUGGCUAGUGCCAUCGUGUGCCGCAUUAUCGUGACAUAUGAGCUGCUCGUUCUUCGAGAGUCGGUAGAGGAAGCUGUUGAUCCGACAGUUACCACAACAUCGAAACACGUCUUGAGCUUUAAGUAA